GUUUGGUUUGUUGAGUUCAAUACUCCGAAUAAAAAUAACAAAUACCUCAUCCCCUCAAGUCUGAAAAUUUUUUGCAAUCCAAAUCAUCUUGACAGAAACAUCAGGGGAAGCAUUUUACUGAAUAAUUGUCACUCUACAAGCUUUAUCAGUGCGCCAUGCCGGUGACGCCCUUCCCUUUCUGAGGAAUUAGUCAUCUUGGAAUAGGAAUUAAUCAUAGCGCUUCUGCUGUAAGGACAAUAUCAAUAUCUCAGUGGAUUUAAUUUUAUUGUUAAGCAGCCAUGGACAACAAAGGGCGUAAGGUCAUUGUUUGUGAUAAUGGAACUGGGUUUGUCAAAUGUGGAUACGCUGGUGCUAAUUUUCCAGCUCACAUAUUUCCAUCUAUCGUAGGACGUCCCAUUAUUAGAGCGGUGAAUAAAAUCGGGGACAUCGAUGUGAAGCAAGAACUUUGCGUUCGUGACGUGCUUAACAUGCCUGAAUUGAUGGUCGGGGAUGAAGCGAGUAAACUACGAUCCCUUCUAGAGAUCAAUUAUCCCAUGCAAAAUGGAAUCGUCAGAAAUUGGGAGGACAUGUGCCAUGUGUGGGAUUACACAUUUGGUCCUGAGAAGAUGAAUAUCAAUCCACGAGAGUGUAAAAUAUUACUGACGGAACCCCCGAUGAAUCCAACGAGAAAUCGAGAAAAAAUGAUUGAAAUGAUGUUUGAGAAUUACCAAUUUGCAGGGGUUUACAUUGCAAUGCAGGCGGUACUGACUCUCUAUGCCCAAGGGCUAAUAAGUGGAGUUGUUGUUGACUCUGGAGAUGGUGUAACUCACAUCUGUCCUGUCUACGAGGAAUACGCACUACCACACUUGACUCGUAGACUCGACAUCGCGGGGAGAGACAUCACAAUGUAUCUCAUUAAGUUGUUACUGCUGCGGGGUUAUGCUUUUAAUCAUUCUGCGGAUUUCGAAACUGUUAGAAUGCUGAAAGAAAAGUUGUGUUACAUUGGGUAUAACAUCGAGACUGAGGAGAAACUGGCGGUUGAGACUACUGUGCUAGUAGAAUCUUAUACUCUCCCUGAUGGUCGUGUAAUUAAAGUUGGUGGUGAACGUUUUUCCGCUCCUGAAGCGCUCUUCCAACCACAUUUAAUCAACGUAGAAGCUCCAGGAAUCGCUGAACUUGUAUUCAAUACUAUUCAAUCAGCAGAAAUUGAUAUGAGGAGUGAACUAUACAAGCACAUUGUAUUAAGUGGGGGCAGUACGAUGUAUCCAGGACUGCCUUCAAGGCUUGAGAGAGAAAUAAAACAGCUGUAUCUUGAACGAGUGUUGAAGAAUGACACCUCUAAAUUAGGGAAAUUCAAAAUAAAGAUCGAAGACUCACCCAGGCGUAAAGACCUUGUUUUCAUGGGCGGAGCUGUUCUAGCAGAAUUAACAAGAAAUCGAGACUCAUUUUGGAUUACGAGAGAGGAUUACGAGGAGAAGGGACUGAGUGUAUUAAAACAAUUGGACAAUUACGAUUCAAAAUAAAUAGGGUAAUUUAAUUAUUUGGGGAAUUAAUGUAGCCAAAAGGAUGCGAGAGGAUACAUGGGCGAGAUUGAUCAACAAACAAUUUAUUGGGGAUAAAUUUUCAUUCUCAUCGACAUCAUUCUCACGAGUUGGCAGAACUAGAAUAGAGUACGUACGUUUCACAUUUUUUUUUGUACACGUUUUGUGUCCUAUUCGUAAACAAGUGAUUCAAAUUCAAUUUUCACGUAAACGUGCAAUUAACUAACUCAGUGAACUAUAAAUGUAAUCGUACUUUAAUAAUGUCAAUUCACUGAGAUGAUUGUCCGUAUGAAUAAAAAUUCAUUACGUCGAGUAGAGACUUGUGAAAGGAGUAGAUAAUCGUAUUGCGCUCUUCGGCGUUGUGUAAAUAACGUGCAUUUUCAUUCAAUGUUAUUUUUACAUGUGAAAAGUCCAAUUUUGUUACAAUAAUGAUUAUUUUACCUUCAAUUGAAUAAUUAAAUACAGAAUGAGCUCAAAA